CUUCGUACGGCUGCUGCAGCGGUGUUCGGUGCAUGCCCCUCCUGACAAAGACAAACUUACGGUCUUGGAGGGAUGUCAGCAUACGGGUCAGGGCCUGUCCGUGUCGCAAGGUAUAUGAAGACGAAGUCAAGGUCACGCCCGACCGCGUCCAUCAGUCGUUGGAAGGACAGAGCAGCAUUCUUGAGGCCAAAGGGCAUCCAGACAAAUUCAAAGAGGCUGAAAGGUGUGAUCAGCGCUGUCUUUGCAAUGUCGUCCGGAUGCACCGGGAUCUGGUGAUAGCUGCGGAUGAGGUCGACCUUGGGGGAAAAAAUGAACCUCCUGUGCAGAGUGCCGUCGUUCUGUGCUGGGAUGUGGGACGUACAAUGAGCAUGGCGUUACCAGGGGAAGAAUCUUCAUUUGAACAAGCAAAGAAAGUUGUGCUGCUGUUUAUCCAACGUCAAGUUUUUGCUGAGAGUAAAGAUGAGACAGCUUUAGUCCUAUUUGGGACUGAUGGAACCUCUAACCCUCUUGCGACAUCAGACCAGUACCAGCAUAUUAUUGUGCACAGAGGCCUGAUGAUCCCUGAUUUUGACCUCUUGGAAGAUGUUCACAGCGGCAUCAAGGCAAGUGAUGAUCAAGCUGACUUUCUCGAUGCCCUAAUUGUCUGCAUGGACUUGCUUCAGAAACAGACCUUGGGGAAGAAGUAUGAGAAAUUACACAUUGCAGUGUUCACCGAUCUGAGCAGUCCUUUCAGUUCCGACCAGUUGGAUGUCAUUAUAGACAACAUGAAAAGAGCUGGAAUCACACUGCAAUUCUUCUUGCCCUUUGCACUGGAUGCGACUGGCAUGAGAGAUAGUGGAGAUACUGCAGAAAGACGAAGCAAUAUUUCACAAGGGAAAGGUCUAACUGCACAACAGAAAGAAGGAAUAAGAAUGGUGAGGAGAGUUAUGCUGUCUUUGGAUGAAGGAGGACUAGAUGAAGUCUUCACAUUCAGGGAAAGUGUUGAACAAUUGUCCAUAUUUAAGAAAAUCGAAAGGAAGCCUAUGGCAUGGCCAUGCCAACUCACCAUUGGCUCCAAAAUCACCAUUAACAUUGUGGCAUACAAAGCAAUAACCGAGGAAAAGAUUAAGAAGAGCUGGAUAUCUGUUGAUGCCAAAACUCUGCGCAAGGAGGAUGUGAGGAGAGAGACUGUUUACUGCUUAAAUGAUGACAACGAGACUGAAGUUACAAUGGAGGACACUAUUCAAGGGUUCCGUUAUGGGAGUGACAUUAUCCCAUUCUCACAAGUGGAUCAGGAGCAGAUGAAGUACAAAACCAAUGGGAAAUGCUUCAGUGUACUUGGAUUUACAAAGUCAGUACAAGUCUUGCGGCAUUAUUAUGUUGGACGGCAGGUGCUGAAAGUCUUUGCUGCAAAAGAUGAUGAGCAUGCUGCGGUGGCUUUGUCUGCACUGAUUCACUCAUUGGAAGAACUGGAAAUGGUGGCAAUAGUUCGUUAUGUUUACGACCGGAGAUCAAACCCACAAAUUGGAGUGGCCUUUCCUUUGAUUAAAGAUAAAUAUGAGUGUUUGACCUACGUCCAACUCCCAUUCAUGGAGGAUCUCCGACAAUUUACUUUCACUUCUCUGAAGAACAAUAAGAAAGCUGCAGUUUCAGAGGAGCAGUUAUCAGCUGUGGAUGCUCUGAUUGACUCAAUGAACUUAGUGAUGGACGAUGGGGAAGAAUUGGAGGAUCUUUUCAAAGUCAGUAAAAUUCCUAAUCCUCACUUUCAGAGGCUGUUUCAGUGUCUUCAGUGGAAAGCAUUUCAACCAGAUGAUCCUCUGCCUCCCCUGGACCCUCACCUGAAAAGUAUGUUAGACCAACCCCAGGAGGUAGCUGAUUCCAGCCUGGCAUCCUUGGAGCAAUUAAAGAAACUUUUCACUCUGCGAGAUUCGGGCAAGAAAAAAGAGCAGAAGAUGGCACAACAGAUCUUCAAAAACAAUGAUCCAGAAGAACAAGAUGCAAAGAGAGCACGUUCUGAUGAUGAUUUCAAUAUUGUCUCAUUAGCUGAAGGCACUGUGACAGCGGUUGGCAGCCUCAAUCCAGCAAAAGAUUUCCAGGCUUUGGUGCAGCAAAAGAAUGUCAAUUUCGGAGAAGUGACCAAGCAACUGAUGGAGCGUGUCUACCAGUUUUUAGAAGUCAAGAAUCAUCAAUAUUACAUGAAAAGCUUGGAUUGUGUCAAAGUCUGCAGGAAGGAAGCUGCAAAGGUAGGAGAAUCCCAACAUUUCAACACAAUACUGAAAACAUUGAAAGAGAAUGUGGAACAAAAGGGCUGCAAGAUUUCUGGGAGCUGAUUGUACAAGAUGCUGUCUCUCUCAUAACAAAAAAUGAAGAUGCAGAAAGUACAGUGACCAGUGAUGAAGCCAAACAGUUUCUGGUACCAGAAGUGUCCACGGAAGAAUUGGCAGUGACCAAGGAUGAAGGCGAUGUGGAUGAUCUGCUUGAUAUGAUGUAAGGUGAAUCCGUCGAAAUGCAGUAGAGGACUAUGGGAACUGAGAAGACGAUGUCAUGGUCAAGCUACAAGAAGGCAUUAAUCUCCUCAGCCACAGAUGUUCACAUUUUUAAAUAAAAACAGAUCACACAUUCAUUGUGUUCAUGUAGUUGCUCAUCAAUCUAAAAAUGAGAAAAUAAAACAUAAUUUUGAA